ACAAACACCGAAUCGGCAUUUGCAGACGUCAUGUAGAUCCACUCCGACCAACCUUUAGCUUAGCCUUUCAAACUCUUCCUUUAUUCAGCUAGAUUUGAUUUGGAUCGCUCCUGAACCGGUUGUAUUUAAGAAGCUGGAGGUUAAUAACGCGGGACAGACAGUUGUGAAGGCUGACUGUUCAUCCGACAGCUUCACAGAGUGAAUUUCAUGUGUUAGCUCGAGCUGAACUCCAGUAGAAACAGCAGUCAUGGGCUCCAGAGCUUCAUCUCUACUCAGAGAAGAGGACAUUGAAGAAAUCAAGAAACAAACGGGAUUCUCCCACAGUCAGAUCACUCGCCUCUACAGCCGCUUUCACAGUCUCGAUAAAGGAGAAAAUGGAGCGCUCAGCCGAGAAGACUUCCAGAGGAUUCCCGAGUUGGCCAUAAAUCCUCUUGGCGAUCGGAUAAUUAAUGCCUUCUUCCCAGAGGGUGAGGAUCAGGUGAACUUUCGGGGCUUCAUGAGGACUCUGGCUCACUUCCGUCCUGUGGAGGAUAACGAGAAAAACAAAGACCCGACUUCUGGCGAGCCGCUCAACAGCAGGACCAACAAACUCUUCUUCGCUUUUCGGUUAUACGACCUUGACCGAGACGACAAGAUCUCUAGAGACGAACUGCUACAGGUUUUGAGAAUGAUGGUGGGCGUGAAUAUUUCUGAUGAGCAACUUGGAAGCAUUGCAGACAGAACCAUCCAGGAAGCUGACACUAAUGGAGACAUGUGUAUCUCCUUCAGUGAGUUCACCAAGGUAUUGGAAAAAGUGGAUGUCGAACAGAAGAUGAGCAUCCGCUUCCUUCACUGAAAACCAAAUGUGUUCUGAACUCUGAUUGGAGACCAUCAGUGUCAAUAGAAAUAAGACACGCCCCCUGAUUCUUCUCUCUGUGGGCUGAUUCAUCCUUUUUAAACAUGAUCAUGUUCUCAUCAUGUUGCGUUUGUUUCAAUCAUCUAUCACUCUUGAGUUGCUGUUGCACUAGAAGGCCAGAUCCAGUGCCUUAUCUAUUCUCAAAAGUCACAGCGGCUUUUAUCUUGUAAAAUUCUAUUUAUUCCGGCUGUGAAAGCAGCUGAUUAAAACUUUCCAAAUGGCGAAGCUGUCACUGAUAUUGAUACUGGUGGAUGCUUGUUGUCAUGCCCAUUUCGUCACCAACUUAAAGGCCAAAUCUUCCGAGAAACUUUCCUUCUCACCCAUAAAAAUUAUAUUUCGCUCCACAAAAAUACCUCAUUGUAAGGGUGGAUAAGGGUUUUUUCUUUCUCGUAAUUUAUAAUGAUCUUAAGUCAACACGGAGUUAUUCUACACUCCCAUUUCAUUUUUAAAUUACAUAUGCAUAGUCAAGUCUUUUUAAAGGUGAAGCGUGUCAUUUUCUGUGUCACUGCGGUACCAAACGAAACUAAGAUCUGUUUAAGCAUCCAAAUUUGACAUGACAACAUUACCCGAAAUGCUAACCCUGAGUAUUAAACAGUGCGAGAUGUGAUGCACACCAAAGUUUGUGGAAUGAAAUUGUGCACUGUUAAUCUCCUCUUAUCUUAAAAUAGUUUGCCUGGCAGACGAUAAUAGUUGAAAAAAUCUGUUAGACCUUACAUUUGAAAGAUGGACUCAAGAUAUAGAGGGACCAGAAUAUAAUGUGCUGCAUGGACUCCUUUAAUUUUGACUCGUAAACAAACAUAUAGAACUAUGGAAGCCCAUAAAGGUAAAUGCAACUUUUUAUCUCACAAUAAAAAAUUUUUUUUCAGAAUUGUGAGGUACCAACUCAUAAUUGCUAGAUAUACCCCCGGUUUCACAGACAAGGCUUAAGCCUAAUCCUAGACUAAAAUGUAAGUCUGAGCUGUU